GUGAUGAGAACGUUGAUUCUUAUCGAGUAAUGCAAAAGAUAUAGGUACUUUAUAUCUUAUAUUUGCAUUAUUUUCGGGGUUGUUAGGUACAGCCUUUUCGGAGGUCCAAAUACACGUCGCCCUCGAAAUACAUACAUAUCUCCAUCUCCCAGAGGCUCGAGGCAUCAUCCACACAAGUAUGACGAGUAAUGACCUGGGAGAAUCGAGUAAGGAACUCGAUGUGGAUUGACCCAUCAUCGCGUCUUCACUGCCUGUUCGCGCCCGCGGCCCUGCUAGAUCGCCCGUCCCUAUAGUCCCGACAAACGACGGUCCAUCUCUCCGUCACCACCAUGGCAAGGUCGAAAGAUCUUCCGAUCGAGCUUCUGACGAUGAUCUACUGUCAGUGCCACGAUAUCAAAUCCGUCUUGCACCUCUCGUCGACCUGCCGCGAAUUGCUGCUGAUCUGGCACAGCAACGCCCCCUCGAUCACGUGUGCUAUCUUCGCAUUCUCGCCCCAGAUUCUCACAGGUCACAUAAGGCUAUCUGAGCUGGAAGCAUCAACGCCCGAAGACGCGCCACAAACGGCGCAUGAGGAGGACAAUUGCGACGUCGCCGUUGCUGUUCGCAAACAUCUAUCCUCUCUUGGGCGAUGGGCCUUCGUGGUCGCCGACAUCCGAGAUAGUUCCAGGACAUGCGCGAGUUGGUUGAACACAUAUCCAAAUCGGAUCGAGAUUGAACCCGCUCAAGACUUCGAUCGAAUCUUCCUCCUGCUGCGCCGGCUCGCGGUAGGCCAUGAGCAUACCUCAAGUCUGACAGCCGCCUAUGCCUCCGUGCGGGAUUUCCUCCCCGACGAUUACGCAAGGUUCUAUAUCCUCACAACCGUCGUCAAAAUAUGGUUCUCCCGUGUAAGGGAUGACUGGAAACGACUGGGCUUCGCCGAUCCGCGCUUUGGCGAUGGAAUGGGGGAUCACAACCCCCAUCCGCACGCUCGCAUCCGCGCUCGCCUGUCCCCCCCGGUGGUCAUUCGGCCUCGGCGUGUUCCUGCGGGAACGUUUCUGGCGGCCUGACCUGGAAGGGUUCUCCAAGCUGGGCUUGAUGAGUGAAGAUUCGAUCAGGCACUCCUACAACAAGCUCCCGGACUUGAUCGGCAAGGAGAGGUUCGAGCGCAUGUUUGGCGAUGGGGGGGACUUGCCCUGGGCCACGGAGAGAGCGGAGUAUCGGGCGCUGUGACAUCUCGCGAGCGGUGGGAAU